AUGACAGAAGAAGAAAUUAAAAAACAAAAAGAAUGGAGAGAAAGAAUACAAAGAGCAGAAAGAGGGGGUACAGCAGCAGAAACAUCUGCUGCUGCUGCUGCUCCUGCUGCAGCAGCAGCAGCAGCAGCAAACAGGAAAAAGAAAAACAAAAAACGAGCCAGUAGCAGCAGCAGCAGCAGCAGCAGCAGCAGCAGCAGUGAUAGCAGCAGCAGCGACAGUGAUUCUGACUCUUCUACAGCAGCAAAACCAAACCACCAGCAGCAGCAGCAGCAGCAGCAGCAGCAGCAGCAGCGAGCUCCAGGCAUGGGGGGUGUACAGCUAGAAACAGCAAUAGAAGCAAAUUAUAAAGAAACAGAAAAAAGAAGAAAACAAACAGAAAAUAAAAUACAAAAAAAAAUACACAAAAAUAAACUAAAAGGAGAAAAAAUGCAGCAACAAGAAUAUCAUAAGUUUAUCGCAUCGUCGAAAUUUAGGGGAGGACGGCUCGGCUAUGUCUUUAAAAAAGGAGAACAAGGCAAGAAGAAGCGGAAGAGAGCAAGCAGCAGCAGCAGCAGCAGCAGCAGCAGCAGCAGCAGCAGCGAGGAUGAGAAGGAGACAGUUAAGCCUGCUGCUGCUGCUGCUGCUGCAGUUUCGCCUGGUGCAGCAGCGGGAGCAGCAGCAGCAGAAGCAGCAGCAACAGCAGCAGCAGCAGCAGCAGCAAAGGCAGCAGCAAGACCCAAUGUUGCUGUCCUAGAGGCUGCAGCAGCUGAGAUACAACACAAAACAGAAGAAAAAGAAGAAAGCUCUUCUGAGGAUGAAAUGAUGGGCCCCAGGCCGAUGGAAGUUACAAACAAAUUAGCACAAAAAAACGUCGACUACGGGUUUGCACUGCGGCCUGGAGAAGGUGAAGCCAUCGCGCAGUUCGUGCAAGAGGGUAAACGUAUUCCUAGAAGAGGAGAGGUGGGGCUAACCGCCGAAGAAAUUUCAAAUUUUGAAAAUCUUGGAUAUGUUAUGAGUGGAUCCAGACACCGCCGCAUGAACGCGAUUCGUAUAAGAAAGGAGAAUCAGGUUUAUAGUGCCGAAGAACAAAGAGCCCUCGCUAUGUUAAACUAUCAAGAGAAAGCAGCUAGAGAAGCUCAAUUACUUUAUGAUUUAAGAGAAUUAAUAAAGAAACAGAAUGAGAGUUUGUUUGCGGAAGAGAUAGAGGAUAAAGAGAAAAAAAAAUAA